AUGUCAGCACGUCAUAGAAGAGUUGAAUCUACAAACAACAAAUCAAAGGACAAUCAACUGUACUUCGUCGGGGGUUCGAAGAUAGAUCUCAAUCUCAACUCCGGCAAACCAAUUGUGGCGUGGAUCGACUACGAUUCCGGCACGAAAUCUCGUCAACGUCACCAUCUCGCCGUCGUCAACAAAACCCCUAACCCCUCUCCUCUCCUACAUAAUAGAUCUAUCUUCGAUUCUACCCGCCUCUCUCUUUACCCAAACAAAUUUAAAAGGGAGGAGCAGUGGGGAGGAAGAACAGCGGCGGAAUGUAAAAGAAAAAGUUGA